AUUUACUUCCACGUAGCCUCCAGUCAUGGAAAAAUCCACUCAUCUCUGGAAAGGUGACUCCCGGCUGGCUGCUGCACAGGUGAAUUGCAGAUGAAACUGGUCCUCUCCCCGCCGGCGGCGAUUAUCUCAAGCCCCGCCCACCAAGCCCCAUUGGCCAUUGUCCAGUUUAAACCCAGUCGCGCGGGGGCAGCUGCAGCGAGUCCAGGCUUAUCGCCGCCGGAGCCCAGAUCCCCCCCGCCGCCCAGUCACCUCCCGGGAGGACGAGGGACGGCCCGGUCCGGCAGAGUGUCGUGGACAUGAGCAGCCCGGAUGCGGGGUACGCCAGCUGCGAGGACCAGGCCCCGGGACCGUGCUCGCUCCCUCCGCUCAUGAUGCAGUGCCAGUGGGCAGAGUCGCUGAGCCCCCUGGCCGACGGCAAGGGCAAAGCCGAGGCCGCCGUCGAUGCGGCGCAGCAGGGCACGGCGGGCCGGGCCAAAGGCGAAGCCCGCAUCCGCCGCCCGAUGAAUGCCUUCAUGGUGUGGGCCAAGGACGAGCGCAAGCGGCUGGCGCAGCAGAACCCGGAUCUGCACAACGCCGAACUGAGCAAGAUGCUGGGGCAGUCGUGGCGGGCGCUGUCGCUGGCCGAGAAGCGGCCCUUCGUGGACGAGGCGGAGCGGCUGCGCCUGCAGCACAUGCGCGACCACCCCAACUACAAAUACCGGCCGCGGCGCAGGAAGCAGGUCAAGCGCCUCAAGCGCGGCGACGGCGGCUCCAACGAGGGGGGGAGCGGCUUCCUGGCGCCGCCGCCCCACCACCCCCAGCUGGGCCUGCCCGGCGAGGCCGGAGGCGCCUGCGACGUCCUGGGUCUGCCUUACCCCGAGCAGCCCGCCUUCCCCGCAGGCGGCUUCCACUACCGGGACUGCGCGCCUCUGCCGCUGCCCGCCUUCGGGGCGCACUUCGGCGGCGGUGGCUACAACCUGCCCACCCCGGAGCCGGAGUCGCAGGGCGGCCCCUGCGCCGAGCCCGCCUUCUUCCCGCCGUCCGAGGAGGGCGGCUGCCUGCUGGGCCCCUACGGCUACCCCACGCCGCCCGGCGCCGAGUACCCCUGCAACGUCGCCCCCUCCAGCAGCAACGCCGGCCUCUUCCGCAGCCGCUUCCCGGCCCCCCUGGCUGCCUUCCCGUCCGCGUCGCCCGCUCAGGAUCCCGCGCAGGCCCCCUGCAGACGCGCCGAGGCCGCCGUCGGGCUGGAGCCCCUGCAGGCGCCCGACGUGGAGCUGCUGGCCGACGUGGAUCGCGCCGAGUUCGAGCAGUACCUGCCCUUCGGCUGCCGGUCCGCUGAACUGGGACUCAACUACGCCGGCCCCGAGGCCUCCGAGCCCGGCUCGGCAGCCACCGCCUACUACUGCGCAGCCGCGGGCGGCGGAGGCGCCUACCCGGAGCUGUGAGGGUCCGGCAGACCCAGCCGGGGAUCGCGCGGGCUCUAUUUAUUGUAAUUUAUUGACUGCUCGCUGCUGGAGGCCCCGGAAGACUGGCUCCGGGGGAGGCGGGGCGGGAGGGGGCCUGCUUUCUCAUCCCUCCUGCAAAGUCUUCCGCGUGACAAAGAAAACCUGCCCAGUGUCCAGAGUGGGCCAUGUGGGCUGGCAGGAGACUGUUUGGACUCUCCUGCUUUUCUACAAGUGACUGGGUGGGGUGGGGGGUGGGGCGGGGGGGUGUUGUACAAAAUG